UCGGUAAGCAGAUCAUCCGGAUCCACUGGGUGAGAGCUUCCGUUUCUGAAGCCCAAAAAUGGCUACUUCAGUCUCCAGAACCAUCUUUCUCCUUCGUUCAAUCACUCAUCAACAUAGAGCCCCCUAUCUAUCUCCACUAUCCAAAUCUCGAAUCCCUUGUUUGUUUGCCCACAAACCCAAGGUUCAGAUUAGCCGCUUGUUUGCAUCUUCAUCGAUGGCUUCCGGGUCGAAAGAAUCUCCUUCCAAUAACCCGGGCCUUCAGGCUACCCCUGAUGAUGCCACCAAAGGUUACCUCUUGCAGCAAACUAUGUUCAGGAUUAAGGACCCAAAAGUCAGUCUUGAGUUCUACUCCAAAGUGUUGGGCAUGUCAUUGUUGAAGAGAUUGGAUUUUCCAGAGAUGAAAUUUAGCCUAUAUUUCAUGGGAUAUGAGGACACAUCAUCAGCUCCCACUGAUCCAGCUGAUCGUGUUGCUUGGACUUUUGGUCAAAAAGCUACUCUAGAGCUUACACAUAAUUGGGGUACUGAGAGCGAUCCAAAUUUCAAGGGUUACCACAAUGGAAAUACAGAGCCUCGUGGAUUUGGACACAUAGGUAUUACUGUUGAUGAUGUAUACAAGGCUUGUGAGAGAUUUGAGAAACUGGGUGUGGAAUUUGUAAAGAGACCCACUGAUGGAAAAAUGAAGAGUAUAGCAUUCAUCAAAGAUCCUGAUGGGUAUUGGAUAGAGAUCUUUGAUACUAUUUCUAUCAAGGAGGCUACAUCUGAUGCUGCUUGAUUCGCUACCUUCUGCAUCUCAGGCAACCAAUCUUCAUUCAUUAAUCUGCAUGCCUUCCCUUCCAUAAUCCGGGAGAGUCCUUAAGAGUUAUGACCUCCACUUUCAUUCACACUGGUUGAAGAAUUAUUCUUCUUCUUUAUUUUGCAGGAGUAAGAGUUGAAUAAUCAAUUCCCAGACUUGUUUGUUAGUUGUCACUGUUAUCUUGAAUGGGAAGAGUGGAGAUAUUUGAAUAACAUCAGGAUAUGUUUGAAUGGACCAGAUGAACCGUGGAGAAAUUACCGCUUACCUGCCUUAUUUGGGGCAAAAGUUUACGUAGGUGUAACUUUGUAAGUGUGAUCUGUGAUGAGGAAUUGGAGGAAGGACCAUAUGAAUAUAUUACUCCCCUUUCAAGAUGAGAGAUUUUUAAGCUCAACAUUCUCUGAUGUAAAAGUUUUUAAGAAAAAAGGAAGAACUACCAAAUAUGCCCUACUUAUUACUCCAAUACUGCAGUCAACUAAACCCUCAACAUUCCAAAUGACGAUUUAUCCGGUGAAUAAUAGGCUUUCCGGUGAAGAUGUUUGCAAUUUUGCAUGGCAUUCAUCUUUUCUUAU